AUGCAUAGUUUUCAAUUAUUUUUAUUUCUAUUUAUUAUUACUGCAGAAUGUUAUACUGUAGUAAAUUCAACAACACAAACGACAAUUCUUUUUAUUCCACUUGAUGAACGUUUUACAACAAGAUCCAUUGUAUUAAAUUUAGCUCGUCUUAUUGACAAUGAUUUUGUAUUAUUAACACCACCCAUAGAAUUAAUAAGUCAUUGGAAACAACCAGCAAAUACAAGUGUGCUUUUUCAUUGGAUACAUGAUCAAAUAAUAAAUUCAUGUUCAAGAUCUACAUCAUGUUCAUUAUUAAUAUCAACUGAACAACUUAUUUAUGGUGGUCUUAUUAAUAGUCGAAUAAGUAAUACAUCAUUAGAUGAAUUAAAUUCAAGACUUAAUAUAUUAGUUGGAUUUAAACGUGAAUUUGGCUCCAAACUUCAAAUUUAUCUUAGUUCUGUUAUCAUGCGUAUACCAGCAUAUAAUGGAGAUUUUGAAGAACCUAAUUAUUGGGCUACAUAUGGUCGUCUUAUUUAUUUAUGGUCAUUUUAUACAGAUCGAUAUGCUGUACUUCAUAAUCCAGCUGAUGAAGAACAAGUUCAGAUUUUAGAAAAACAAAUACCAUCGAAUAUUCUUAAUGAAUUCAUCUGGCGACGUGCAAGAAAUUAUAAUUUAACUUACACACUUUUACAUGAUUAUACUAAACUCUAUUUUGAACGUAUUUGGUUAACACUUGACGAUAAUGCUGAAUACGGAUUAAACAAAGCUGAAGAAAGACAAUUAAUCAAAUUAAUUAAUGAUCCUUCAGUAAACAUAAGUUCAAAAGUAAAUAUUUAUCCUGGUGCUGAUGAAGUUAGUUUAGCAAUACUUAGUCAACUAGUUGUUAAUAAUAAACAACAACAAUCAUCAAUACCAACAAUUACUGUACGUUAUAGAAAUGUAACAACAAAAAAUUAUAUACCAAAUUAUGAAGGAGCACCACUUAAUGAAAGUAUACUUAAACAAAUAACAGCCGUCGGUGGACAUUAUAUCGAAUUUGAUAAUGAAACAUCUGCUGAUAUUCUUGUUCUUGUUAAUAAUUGGUCAACUGAUAUGCAACAAGAAGCAACUCAAGUACAAACGUGUGAAGAUUAUUCUACAUUAGAAAUUCAAACAAAUACAUCUAUUAUUGUUUAUGCUGAUGUACGUUAUAGUAACGGUGGUGAUAUUUGUUUUUCACAAUGGAUAUUAAACCGUACACUAUUUGGUACAUAUGCUUAUGCUGGAUGGAAUACUAAUGGUAAUACAUUAGGUACAUGUUUAAGUAAUGGUGUUUUACUGAAAUAUUAUUUGAAUUCGACUUUGAAUAAUCAAUUAAUAAAUAGAGUAUUAAAAGAAAAUCGUCGUUUUACAUUAUAUCGUUUCAUUGAAGAUGUUCAUUAUCAAGCUUAUCUACGUCAACUUCUUCUAGGAUAUCUUACUUAUAUAUCAUUGGAUCCACCAGAUAAACUUAAUAAUGAUCCUAACUUCUAUGAAACAUUUAUUCAAAAAGGUUUUAUAUCAUAUGAAAAUAAGAUAACUAAUGAAUUUAAUGUUAAUAAUGUUUAUUAUCCAUGGAAUCGAACAUUUGAAAUUGGUUUUCAAUUAACAGAUAAUGAAUCAUUUUAA